AUGAAUCGCCAGACUUCCUACAACGGACCUCUAGUAAUGUCUUUAUCUCUUGUCCCAAAGCCACAAUAUGGCACGGCCCCGUUUCCUCGCUCUUCCCUGCCCUCCAGUUUCUCUUCUUCAAUUCCCUCCGGUCCCAUGAACCAUCCCCUGCCCCCUAAACCUCCAACCCCCAGGUAUUUUUUUCAUGAAUACACUCCACGCGCCGGUAAUGUUGGAACCACUCCGCCGGUUCGUGACGUUGGUGAAAGUCAUUUAGCGGAUAACAGUUUUAAAUUAACUUUCUCGGAUUAUGAAGCAUCGGCGUCUAAAAUUAGGACGCUUGAUAGCCUGAAGACCGAGGACGUUAGCCUACCAUCCGGCGAAGAUACUUCCCAAGAGUAUGAAAGUGACUGCAACGAGACGAGCAGCGUUAAUAUCGAUAUUGACGAUCUGCCCCAUCCAGAUACCUUGUUCUCUUGGGCGCAGAGUCACGAUACGUGGAGUUGUAAAUCGUCGGCGCCCACGGGUAGCCUGGAUGAUGGGAUAGGUCGCACCAACCAAGUCACCUCUGAAACUCCCAGGACUGGUCCAUCCUCCCGCGAAAGCCCCGGUCACGCCAACGAUAGUUACAAGGAUGACGAUAACCAAUAG